UCAAACGUCCUCGGAAUCAGCGAGGACCCUGCCCACAAGUCUGGGGGCGGGGCCUAAGCUAGUCUCUCCAGCUGCCGGUCCUUUGGGGGCUCUGCAAGUUUCUGGCCGGUCCGUUUCAGCACCCUGAUACCCGCCAGAUUACAACAUGCCUGGUCCGACCCCCAGUGGCACUAACGUGGGCUCUUCAGGGCGCUCUCCCAGCAAGGCAGUGGCCGCCCGGGCCGCGGGAUCCACUGUCCGGCAGAGGAAAAAUGCCAGCUGUGGAACAAGAAGUGCAGGCCGCACAACCUCAGCAGGUACUGGGGGGAUGUGGCGAUUCUACACAGAAGACUCACCAGGGCUCAAAGUUGGCCCUGUUCCAGUACUGGUUAUGAGUCUUCUGUUCAUCGCUUCUGUAUUUAUGUUGCACAUUUGGGGCAAGUACACUCGCUCAUAGAUUCGGCUCCAUCCAUCUGUCAUCUGAAGAAGAAGGAAGAAACCCAGCAUAUCUUGGACCAAAAGUAUAGUGAUUUUCUGUUCAAAAGAAAGAAAUUUUCUGUAAGCUUUCUGUUUUACAGGGAACUUAUGAAGAAUUGAUUUUGAGGAAUUAAUUUUUUUUCUAUGGUUAAUAAACUUUUUAACUCAUU